AAGAAAAAACAGAUGCGACAUUCAUUCAGUCAGUCAGUCCAUCAUCGCACAUUUCGUACCUUUCUUUGUGAGAAUUGAUUUACCACGCCCGAUUUCCUUCGAUUCGAUUCGAUUCAAUUUGACAACCCGAUCUGAACCUUCCGAAGAGAGAACAGGAUGGAGUGCGCCAGGGAGUAUAGCAUCGACCACGAAGGAACGAUGCCUUCGUCGCCCCUCGCCGAAGCAGCCCGCUCGUGUGCAUACCAUUAUGAUUACGAUCGCGAUCCCAACGACGAAUUUCCAAAAGCACGGCCACACCUCCUGCUGCUCCGGUGCCUCCUCUUCCUCGCCCUCGGGACCUGGCUCUACCGCAGGGCAAAGAAGGACCUCACGGAGAAGCUGAACCGGAAGGAGGUCGUCCCCGGAUUCCCAUCCAGCCCCGGGGCCCACUGGAUCGCAGGGCACCUCAUGACUCUCCGGACCACCGAGGGUGGCUUUGUCCGCGGCUACGAGAAGGUCUACAUGGACCACUGCGAUCCCAAAACGGGCAUGGGCUCCUUCUGGUUCUUCAAUAUCCCUACGGUCUCCCUUCUGAAGGGGGCGGACGCCGCGAAGGUCAUGCGCUCCAGCAGCUAUCGCAAGCAGUUGUGGCUCGUCACCAAACACACGCGCCAGUUCCUCGGAUCGAGGACGAUCCUGGCCCUCAUGAAAAAGGAAUGGCGGUGCUACCGGAACGCGGUGCACAAGUCCUUCACGGCGGAGGUCGUGAGGCAAUCGAGGCCCUAUAUCUACAAGAUCGCAGACACACUGGCGGAUUCUCUCGCCGAGGAGCACCACCGCAAGAACGCGAAGCAGCGGAAGCGCAGGCGGAAGGGCUUCACACCGGUAACAAAAACAACGGUGUCGGAUGCUAGCGGGAAUGCCAACACCGGCACCACGGAAGACGAGAGUAUCAUCAGCGACGACGAAUUCGGAGAGACCUCUAUCCGGAUUUCCUCCCCCCACGUGAACCAGAUCUCGGACGGACAAGACUCCAACGUCCGAAAGGUCCUGCCCCUCAUGAAGAUGGCCACGAUCGAUGUCUUCGGAGCGGUCGCCUUGCGAUCGAACGGGGUCGACUUUGGGUGCACACGCAACCUGGAGAUGUCCCCCCUGGCGUCCGCAUUCGAGCACCUCACCACGGAGUUUACCCACCGCCUCAAGCGGCCGUGGGACCCCCUGACCUUUCUGUACGAGAUCCCAACGGAGGCCAACCGGAAUUAUAAGAGGCAGAGGGAUACCAUCCGGGUCUUUAUCCAGGACCAAAUCUCGCUGGCCCGCAAGCGGAUCGCCUCCACGACGGAGGGGGGCGACAGGUCGUCGUCGUCGUCGUCUUCCCGCCAGCACGAUCUUCUAUCGAACCUCAUCUCCGUGGCGGACGCCGAAACGACCAAGGCCGACCCCGGGGGAACCCCCAUCCGGGACAGUGCCCACGAUGAGGCCCUGGGGGACAUCGUCAUGACGCUGCUGUUCGGUGGCUACGAUACCACCUCCAUCUGCCUCUCCUACGCGCUGUACCUCCUGGCCAAGAACCCGGCCAAGAAGAGAAAGCUCCUGGAGGAGGUGGACGCCGUCCUGGGGGCGUACUACGAGAGAGACCAACCGAACGGGACGCUGCCCCCCGGGCCGGACGAGCUGCCCUACACCAAGGCGGUGGUCCUCGAAUCGCUCCGCCUGUUUCCGUCGGUGCCCUCGACGGCGCGGACCAUCGAGAAACCUACCACGAUAGGCGGGGGCAGCGUGACACUGCAGGAGGGGCAAAUGGUCAUGCUGCCCAUAUGGAGCAUACAGCGAUCCGAGAUGAACUACCCCCGUCCCAACGACAUGAUUCCGGAGCGAUGGGUCCGGCGAACGGCAGGGCACCGCAACAACGGCGACGGCGACAAACACCCCAAGAGCAGGUGGGAGGUGCGGCCCGAGGACGACCGCAGGCCCACCGGGGAAACCCGAGCGCCGCAACCGAAAACGGGCGACGGCGAUUCCGGGUCCGUUCCACCGGCGAACCGCGAAGCCUUUUGCGCCUUUGCGGCGGGGGCCCGCAACUGCGUCGGAAAGAACCUGGCGGUCGAGGAAACCGUCGUCCUGCUGGCCUGCCUGGCCCGGAGGCUGGUCUUCGACCUGGUCGACGAGGACUACGAGGUCGUCCCGUCGAUCAUGGCCGUCGUCCAGCAGCCCGAAGACGGCCUGCCCAUGAGGGUGACGCCGCGCGCGACGCAAACCGCGGCGUCGAAACGGGGGGCUUCCGCCGCCGCAACAGCGGCGGUUUGAUGCGAUGGUAUGGUACGGUAUGCAAUGCAAUGCGAUGCGAUGCGAGGCGAGGCGAUGUUGGCACGGGGAUUCCUCCUCCCGCGCAAAAUGCCCGUCCGCCUCUACGGGCGUGCCCACUCGCACGAUUUGUCCGUGCCGCAUCAACGAUCGUGUUGCUUCUCCGGUGAUGCGGAUACCGUACCUCUCCGCAGUAGGCAGCAGUUCAAUUCUAGAAUAAAAAAUAUUACUGUACUACAGUACGAACCCAAGUAGGAUGCAAAAUAAAGAUAUAAUGAAUCAAACCAUAAACA